AUGCCUUCGUUGCGAUUUCCCAUAGCCUGCGCUAUAAUAACGCUCUGUGUCGUCGGCGCAGCGACACAGGCUGGCAUUGCAGACACAAUACACACUUGGGUACCCGGGAAUGUGAGCCUGCCUUUGCCAAGGGGUGCCGUUUUUGCCGGUCUCGAUCCCGAUUGGUAUAACAUUUACGUGGGUCGGCUCCAUCCCGCAAACAACGGCGUUUAUCCGGCCAAAAUAAAAUUGCCUACGGGUGCAAUCUAUCUUGCGGGAACCACAUCGAAAUACUGGACCAAAAGCUACGAUAUUUUGAUAGCGACUGAUGGACGCAGCUAUGAAUGGGUACGCAGCUUUGAUGGCCAUCUAGAACGUAAUGCCGUAUCCGUUGGAACAUCGAGUUCCGGCGAGCGCGUCUACAUCUGUAGAGUUCUCCUGGACGGUGCCGUUGUCAUGGGCAAUUUAUUUGGCCAAUCGCGGGUGUGCGCCGCAAAACAUGAUAGUUAUGUUGAAUCGGAUAAAUACGAAGUUUUGGUCGAGGUGUAGAAAGUGGAGAAAAAAGUGGAAUUAUAAGUAUUUCCAAUGAGCACAUAAUCGAUGAACUGAAUUAUUUCACUAUGCAAUAAAACCAAUAUCAGUCUUAGAACCUUUGAGACAUGACCACAAAUGGUUGGGAAAGUGAUAGAAAUUGUAUCUCCUUAGAUAAAACAAUUGCCUGCUAUUACUGCACAGUAUUAUCCAACAAUAAAUAUUAAAAUGUGUUUUUAAUUAUCCGUACAAAAUAAUUAACACACCCAAUUGAUUGACAAUAAAUAUCGACCCCCACUUGGCGUAUGCGCAAUACAAAUAUUACUCGCUCACUCUUUCCAGUUACUAUAUAUUGAGUGUAUUAGUCUGUAACCAAAGAGUGAACAGGCAGUAACCGUCCCACAAAGUAUAUAUAUUCUUGUGCAAGCCGAGUCAAUAUAGCCCUGUCGGUCCAUCUGUCCGUCUGUCUGUAUGAACGCAAGGAUUUCAGAAAGCAUAGGAGCUAGAAUAACCAAACUUGGUAUCCAGAUUCUCCUAAGUCCGAGAAAGUACGAGUUUGAGUUUUUUUUCG